AAAAUGAAAACUGAAUGUUUUUAAAAAGGAUUAAAAUUAAUUUGUGGGUGCUAUUUAAAAAUGUGUAUCGAAUACAUUUCUGUGGGUACUCAAAUAAAGAAUUAAACGGUAGAAUGAGAGUAUUGAAUGUUGCUGAAAAAAAUGAUGCUGCAAAAAAUAUUGCUGGACAUUUGUCUGGUGGAAAUCUACAAAGAAGAGAAGGUUUUUCAAAAUUUAACAAAAUAUAUGAGUUCAACCAUACUUUCCAAGGGUCACCGAGUACUAUGAUUAUGACAUCUGUUUCUGGACAUUUACUUGGGUACGAAUUCCAAGGUUCAUAUCGAUCUUGGACUUCUUGUUCUCCUCUUGAAUUAUUUCAUAUCCCUGUGGUAAAAGAAUGUCCAAAAGAUUUUAUAAAUAUUAAGAAAACAUUAGUUCGAGAAGUCCAAUCAUGUAAUGCAUUGGUUAUAUGGACUGAUGCUGAUCGAGAAGGAGAAAAUAUUGGAUUUGAAAUAAUUGAUGUGUGUAGAGAAGUUAAUCCAAGAAUUCAAGUUUAUAGAGCUAUACUAUCUGAAAUUACUAGACCAUCAGUACAAAGAGCUAUAAGUAGCCUUGGGGCCCCAAAUAAAAAUAUAAGUGACGCAGUUGAUGUGAGAAGUGAAUUGGAUUUAAGAAUUGGUGCAGCAUUCACACGUUAUCAAACAAUGCGUUUACAAAAAGUGUUUCCUGAAGUAUUAGCUAAAAGUUUGAUUAGUUAUGGCAGUUGUCAAUUUCCAACAUUAGGAUUUGUUGUUGAACGGUACAAAGACAUUCAAAAUUUUAUUCCUGAGCAGUUUUGGAAAAUUAAAGUCCAUCACAAAAUUGAAAAUUUGGAUGUUGAAUUUUCAUGGCAACGUGUUAGGUUAUUCGAUGAAGUUCUUUGUAAAGUUCUUUAUGAGCGUUGCAAAGAAAAUCCAACUGCCUUGGUGUUAAAAGUAACUAAAAAACCUAAAUCCAAAUGGCGACCAGUACCUUUAGAUACUAUUGAGUUGGAAAAAGCUGCUAGUCGUAAACUUGGAAUAAACGCUAAAGAAACCAUGAAAAUUGCUGAAAAACUGUAUAGUCAAGGGUUUAUUAGUUAUCCUAGAACUGAAACAAACAUAUUUCCUAAAGAAUUAAAUUUAUCAAAUUUAGUUCAAUUGCAAGUACAAGAUAACAAUUGGGGUGACUUUGCUCAAAAUGUUUUAAACAAUGGUCCUUCACCUAGACAAGGUAAAAAAUCUGAUCAGGCGCAUCCUCCAAUACAUCCAACUAAAUAUACACAGGGACUUCAAGAUAGAGAACGCAAAGUCUAUGAAUAUGUUGUGAGACAUUUCUUAGCUUGUUUAUCUAAAGAUGCUGAGGGCGAAGAAACUAUUGUAAACAUUGAAAUUAAUGGAGAAAAGUUUUUAGCAAACGGACUUCGAAUUAUUGCAUUGAAUUACCUAGAAGUUUAUCCUUAUGAUAAAUGGUCUAAUAARCAGAUCCAUGAUUACAACCAAGGGCAAUCAUUUAUGCCUACUGAAUUAGAAAUGAUUGAUGGACAAACUAGUCCUCCAAAUCUUCUUACAGAAGCUGAUCUAAUUUCUCUAAUGGAUAAACAUGGCAUUGGUACUGAUGCUACACAUGCGGAACACAUUGAAACUAUCAAGUCACGGUUAUAUGUUGGACUAGAAAAUAAUAAAUACUUUGUACCUGGAGAACUUGGUAUUGGUCUUGUUGAAGGAUACGAUAAUAUGGGUUUUGAGAUGUCCAAACCCCAUUUAAGAGCUGAACUCGAAGCAGACUUAAAAAAAAUAUGUGAAGGUACUAAAUCACCUUUAGUAGUACUUAGAGAACAAAUAGCUAAAUAUAAAGAUGUAUUUAUCAAAACAACAGAACAAGUGGAAAAAUUAGAUCAAUCUUUAGGAAAAUAUUUAAGAACACAACCUAUUGCUUUUCAAAAUAAUGCUCAACAUGAAUCAAUGACAGUAAAGAAUAUUCGCAAAUGUCCCGUAUGUAAACAAACUAAUCUGGUAAUAAGGAAAAAGCAAAACAAUCAAGGGUUUUUCAUAAGCUGUACUGGUUUUCCGAAUUGUAGAAAUACAUACUGGUUACCUCCUAGUGUAAUUGACGCACAAGUCAGUGAUAAUGUUUGUUCCCAGUGUUCAGGAGAUAUGAAAUUAAUUAAAUUUCAAUUCAGUGUUAGAAGUAUGCGACCACAUUAUCCAGACACUUAUGAGGGUUGUAUAAAUGGGUGUGAUUCAACAUUGUGUGAGAUACUUCAAGUGAACACCUCCCGUCCUUCAUCUUCCUCUUCAAGUACUCAACCUUCUAACAGAAAUGUUGUUACUACUAAUCAAAAUAGGGGUCCUACUCAUGAAAAUAAUGUUCAUCGUCCAACAAAUAAUUUCUMUAGACCUGCCUCUCAGAAUACUCAGCUUCUUAACAAUGAUCAAGUUUGCUGUCAGUGUGGAAAUGCUGCUAAACUAUUAACAGUUACCAGGGAAACAGCAAAUAAAGGUCGUCAAUUUUAUGGAUGCUCAAAGCCAAUUUCUGCAAAUGAUAGAUGUACUUUCUUUUUGUGGGCAAAUGACCAACCUGUGCCUGCUGCUGGUCCUCCCAAUACUCACUUUAACAAUAGAAAUAAUUUUCAAAAUAAUAAUGGACAAAUUAAUAAUCCAUACAGAGCUAGAAUUAUAAAUAAUCAGUCAAACUCUGGUGGACAAAGAAAAUGUGGACUUUGUAAGCAGCCAGGUCAUACACGGAGAAACUGUCCACGAAAUUGAACAUUUGUAUAUUUCUUUUAAAUUUUAUUUUCUCAUCUUGUAUUAUGCCUAUAAAUAAACAUAUGAUAUAUUUUUA